AAGAAAGAAACGAACAUCUACACUCAUCUGCACAAUUCUUUCAAGUGACAAUCUGAUCAUAAUUGUUAACCUAGUCUGGGACCGGGACUGAUCGACAAAAGACGGAAAACAAACUAAAAUACCAAUAUUCGGUGGUUAUUAUUUUACCAGUGCAUUGGAAAAAAAUAUUAGAGAAUGACGCCGACUUAUUAAUUGUAACCGAGUGGCUUUAAAGACAUCACUUGCAAACCUAAAUUUGAAAGCCAUUUCGGAGGUUUUUAAACCAAAGACCUGAUAUGCAUGAAGGAUCACCAAGGUAUUGCAGUUACUCGAUCGGCUGACAGAGGUAGCGAGGGCGAGAGCAUUAGACUUACAUGAAACUGGACUUUAUAUUUCAAUACAACUCAUCAAGCUUCCCUAAAAGUAACAGUAACCUGUCUAUUCCAAAAUGCUACAAAUGGAUGUUAACAAGACGAAUUUGAUAUUUUGUAAAGUUUUUAAUAUAUUAUGUAUUUUCAUUUUCUCUGCAACACUUCCAUAUUCGUCGUGUGGUUCUCAGGUCUUGAAUUAUAUUGAAGGAGAGGAAGCUCGGCUCAAUUAUUCUUAUCCUUGUGAUAUCUAUGAUGUAGUUAUACAUGUUGGACACAGAGCUCCAUUUUACCACUCUACAGAUGGGGGGAAGCUUUUACUUCCCCAUGAUCAGGAAGGCAGGUUCUCUGUUAGAAGCUCGAACAAAAGUGAGAAUUGUUCACUUGUUCUCACUAUCUAUAAUAUACAAAGAGAUGACGCAGGAACAUAUACAUGUAUUACAUAUGCAGAAAUUGAGAAAGUGCAAGACUACAAUCAAAUCGGGGUGCACGUAGAAUAUCCUCCUGGCAAAGCAAUGUGUUCAUUGAAUGGCACAUAUCAAAGUGGUGGUUCUGUGUCUGUGCAGUGUGUAGCCCCGGUUGGGAGUAUGUCGGGAAAGAUAGACUGCUAUCAAGAUGGAAAUAAGUUAGAUUCUUUAACGAGACCGUUUGAAAGUAAUGCAUCUUUAAAACAAACAUUAUUGAUCAAGCAUUCAAGUUUUGUAUAUUGCUGUAGUACAACAUUUGUUCAACCCAAACAUAGGUGUGAAUGCACUGACACAGUAAUCGAUCCUGUCGAAAAUAGAAAAUUUGUCGCUUCGAAGGAUAUAUGCUACAGUACAACUAUUGCUGGAAAUUCCAUGUUUCCACACUUUACCACAGAAGUUACAGAUAAGAAAGGAGACAUCAUUUUAGCUUCAACAAUAUUAAGUCCAACAAAUAAUUCUAUACACCAAAAUAAUGUUUUUUUGGUUUCAGUGAUUCUCAUUCUUGUUAUUAUUAUUAUCAUGUUAGUUUGUAUACUAAUUUUGAAGCAGCGGCGAAACAAAGAAUUCUCACCAGUUAAUCAUGUUGAUAAAGACGAAGACAUGGAAAAGGAAACCUCGCUAUAAAACAUUAAUUUGACAAUUGAAAAAUUAUUUAAAAUUAAUAAC